ACGUAACAUAGAUUCACAAAGCGAAUUAUACUAAUCGCGGUAUGAACAGUAAUACGAACUGUUCUUACAUCUGAUAUUAUGGUUUACAUUGUAAGAUAUCUUCUUAACCUUCUUGUUACGCAAACUCGCACAUGUAAGGAAGGGUAACAAAGGAUUAGUGUAGAAGCGGAUACCGGUCAUAAGACAAAAACAACUUAGAAAGUUGACAGGAAUAUGGCUAGCAGCCAGCACCAGGAUCCGGCACGUCAAGGUCUGCACUCUGCCCACCGUGCCAUUAUAGAAGGGAUGUUCCCAGAGAAAGCUUUCACUGAAGGAGGUAAAAGCGCUAUGCGCGAGCCCGAGCGACAAAUAAAGACGAUGGAUUUCGACGUAGAGAAGAACGACUACAGCGUGCCAGAGUUCUACGAGCACUUUGGCAAGGAGCUGCCUCAAGUGAUCAUGAUCAGUCAAGGAUUCUUUGGAGAUAUCGUAGAAGACACGUUCGAUAGAGAAAAUAUUAUUCGCAUCCAGACGGUAUCUAAGCAACGUCGCGUGGUCGCCAGGGCCGACAUGGGAGAUCACUCUAAACUGAUCAGCAUCCCGCUUACAUACUCUGUAAAAGUCUGUGUCGUCAAAAAACACAAAUUGAGCACAGAGAAAACCAUAAAGGAGGUCAUCGAACAUCAGAGCCUGCCAUGUACCGUGGAGUUCCCCAGGGACAGAACCAUCAGCGUGGACGGUCAGAACAUCAGCACCAACCACAUCCCGAAAUUUCAGCUUCAGAAAGCAUUUGAUGAAAUGUACUUGCUUGGGAACUUAAUUGUCGACGGCGUCAUGAGACCAGACGUGGUGAACGUGCCCCUGUACCUGUCUCAACUUCGCAUGGCGCGCGUGAUUGGCCUAAAGAACACGCCUACCCAGAAUUGGCGAGGUUACCUUGAGGAAUUGGAGCGCUUCAGUUCCUAUCUGAAAUACGACAAAGAGUACGGAAACCAAGGAAUUGCUCAAUACGACCCAUCAGCGGUUCAUUCUGACGCCGUCUACGCCUUUGUUGAACCGCAGACAUACUCUAACAUAAUCUCGGUGUUUCAACAUCGUCGUGGGAACGACGGUGAUAACACAAACUACCUGCUACCUAAGGUUCCCCCACCUGUCCCGAUCAAGCCCCAAAGACCACCUCCGCCGAUUCCAGAGAUGCCAGGCCGUCCGAAGCUUCCCGCGCGCCAAUCAAGACCUCCUUCACAGACGCCGAGUCCAACCGUCAAACAUGAGGUUAUCUACACGAAUAACCUUCCCCGUGCGCCCAUUCGCCCCUUCCAACCGGAACUCAAAGAAGCAAUUGAAAUAGUUCAAGGUAAAAUCGGUGUGCACGAGCCCAAACGACUAGUAAAGACGAUGGAUUUCGACGUAGAGAAGAACGACUACAGCGUGCCCGAGUUCUACGAGCGCUUUGGUAAGGAGCUGCCGCAAGUGAUCAUGAUCAGUCAAGGAUUCUUUGGAGACAUCGUAGAAGACACCUUCGAUAGAGAAAUGAUUAUUCGAAUCCAGACGGUAUCCAAGCAACGUCGCGUGGUCGCCAGAGCCGACAUGGGAGAUCACUCUAAACUGAUCAGCAUCCCGCUUACAUACCCUGAGACAGUCUGUGUCGUCAAAAAACACAAAUUGAGCUCAGAGAAAACCAUAAAGGAGGCCAUCGAACAUCAGAGCCUGCCAUGUGUCGUGGAGUUCCCCAAGCACAGAACCAUCAGCGUGGGCGGUCAGAACAUCAGCACCAACCAAAUUCCGAAAUUGCAGCUUCAGAAAGCUUUUGAUGAAAUGUACUUGCUUGGAAACUUCAUUGUCGAUGGCGUCAUGGGACCAGACGUGGUGAACGUGCCCCUGUACCUGUCUCAACUUCGCAUGGUGCGCGUGAUUGGCCUUAAGAACGCGCCUCCCCAGAAAUGGCGAGGUUACCUUGAGGAAUUGAAGCGCUUCAGUUCCUAUCUGAGAUACGACAAUGAGUACGGAAAUCAAGGAAUUGCCCAAUAUGACCCAUCAGCGGUUCAUUCUGACGCCGUUUACUCCUUUGUUGAACCGCAAACAUACUCAAACAUAAUAUCGGUGUUCCAACAUCGUCUUUGGAAUGUCGUAGAUAACCCAAACUACCAGCUGACCGACGUGAACCAGCAUGAAGACACCAAGUACGAAGAAAUCGGAAUGGAGCGCGAUUCCGCGAUGCACAUUGAUAAGAUUGAUAAUCACAGGCCAUCAUUGUCGACGUUUGGCGUCUGUCGAAUACCAGCGCAGGCUUCGACCUCCCAAAUUUCACAGGAGGUAAAGUCAACAAUUGGAAGCCUGAAAUCAACAGGUUCAGAAAAUCGUUCUUUCCAAGAAUCGAAUUACAGUCCGCUUAUUGACAGAAACACAAAGGUUUCCCCACCUGUCGCGAUCAAGCCCCCAAGGCCACCUCCACAGAUUCCAGAGAUUCAAGGCAGUCCGGAGCUUCCCGCGCGCCAACCAAGGCCUCCUUCACAGAUGCUUAGUCCUACCGUCAAACAUGAUGCCAUCUACACGAAUGAUGUUCCCCGCACGUCCAUUCGCCCCUUCCAACCGGAACUCAAAGAAGCUAUUGAAUGUAAGCAGGAACACUCAAUUGAAUACGAUAAGCAAAGAAACACUUUGCAAUCGCCAAAUCGGCCAGAUUUAGUUGAUAAACCGUUACCAACCAUUAACGACAGCCUUGAUGUAAACAAACUGUCAAUAAACGAUGUAUGUGGUUACCUUAAAGUGCUGAGUCUUGAUAAAUAUGAGCCCAAAUUUCGGCAAGAAAUGAUAGACGGGGCGCUGAUGGCCGCUCUUUCCAAAGAAGAUUUUGAAAAAGAGUUUGGUAUGAAUGGGCUUGAAGCAGUGAGAAUAUUUAAGUUCUCCAAAGAAGGUCAUUUGCCAAGGUAGACAACAGUGGCUGUAAGUCGUUUGAGUCUUUAAGAAAAAACUAAAUCUAGAUUAAAGCACUAGUGCUUCCAAUGUUUCAAACGCACUAUUUACGUAAAAUUAUACUCUGUUUACGUUUGAAAUUAACGUGUAUCAUAGUAUUUCAUCAUUAGUGGUGUAUCUUGUUUCGAUCAUUAAAGACGAAAAAUGCAUUUUAUGUUUCGUACUCUUUGACAUGUAAAAUAAAACUUAUGUGUUGGUGAGUUUUAGUAAUUUUCAUAAUCAUAUUGCACUCAUUUAUUUCACACCAAAUGUUUGUUUGAAAUAUGCGUAUAAACGUGUUAGAUAAUUGAUAGUGUUUAAUCUUAUUUCUAGUCUAAUGACACAUUAUGUUAUCAGCUCUGCAAUUAAGUGACACACGUGUUUUAGUUUUCUUUUUAAUUGUUGAGUAUAUACUUAAUUAGUAAGGUAAUCCACUCGAUAAACCUUUUUCUCAUAAUGCUAGUGAUGCAAAACGUCGUAAAUCACAAAUAGAAACACUAGAGAUAGAUGACCAUUGUCAACAAUAUAAUGUGUAGCAUAGGUGUAAAGUUUAGUUAGGUGAACAUUUCAACGGCUUAUAGCACGUAUCUAGUUGUUUAAGAAACAAAUGCUCAAAGUUACAAAUAGAUGUAUAAGCCCAUGUAAAUUUGAAGAUUCGUGAAGAUUCAAUUGUUAUAUGUUUUAUUUAGCAGUUUUUAACUGCAUCGUAUAUUGAUAUUGGGUGUGAGGUAUCAAUUUCUAUUGUAAUUUCCAUAUGUACCUGUCAACAGUAACAUAACCAUCAUCGUCAAUUCUUUGAACGUUUUAGCAGUUGAGCGAUAUAUUGUACAUGUAUGAAAUAUUAAGUUUUGAUAACGGUUUAUAUAUUCUCAAAUGUAAACAAUAAAAUCUUUAUAAAACA